AUGUCUGAAUCAACUUCUCAAAUCCUUUUGGACAAGUAUGCUGACCUGUACAAGAGAACUGUUACACAUCCUUUGCCAAAGGAGCUAUGUGAGGGGACUUUGCAGGACAGAGCAUUGUAUAUCUACUUGACUCAGGAUUUGGAAUUCUUUGAGACUGGUCUAAGAUUGAUUUGCCGUGUUACUUCUAUGUGUCCAGAAGUUCCAAGUUUGAUUACUUUGGCUAAGAAGAUCGGCUUCUUUGCCAGUGAUGAGAAUGAUUACUUCCGCAAGUGUCUAAGCUUCCUUGAAUCAGAGUUGGACAAGGAUACUGUAAAGGAGAUCAAAGAUAAGAAGAUCAUUCCAGGCGUCGACGCAUACAUUGAUUACUUGGUCGAGUUGACCAAGGAUCAAAGAUAUGACUACCCAGCUCUUAUUUCUUACCUGUGGUGCGCCGAACAAUGCUACUUGGAUUGGGCCCAUGGCUUGCCAAAGAAAGAAGGUUUGCACUGGAAGCAUCAAACUUGGAUUGAUCUACACGAUGGUGAGCACUUUAUUACCUGGUGUGAAUUUCUAAGAGCUGAGGUUGAUAAGUUUUCUGUCAGACAAGUCGAAGAGGUGUUUGCAAAGACUUUGCAACACGAAUUCAACUUUUUUGACAGUUGUUACAAGGCAUAA